AUGUCGCGAUCAGGAAAAAAAAACCCAAUUGCAAACGAGAUCGACUACUAUUUGAAGACAGUUCGAAUUGAUCGCAGCCGCGACCCUUACAUUUGGUGGUCAGUUAAUUCCAAACACUAUCCAUAUUUAACCAAGUUUGCCAAAGUGUACCUUUCAGCUCCUUGCAGCAGUGUUUAUAGCGAGAGACUGUUUUCCGAAGCUGGCUUGGUGAACAAAAACAAGCGAAAUCGACUGUUGCCUGCAAACUCUGAACAUUGGGUCUUUAUUCACCAUAAUUUACAACUUAUUCAUUUUGACUAUUAA